AUGAGAAUGGACGCAGCUGUUGAUGCCAUGAUUUCAUUCGGCUUCUCGGAAGAGAUUGUACGGAAGACAGUAAAAGAACUUCUCAAGGAAUAUGGUGGAGAUGAAGGAUGGCGUUUCAUUGAGGAUAACUCCUACAUAGAACUAAUUGAGGCAAUUCUUCGCAGUGCAGAAGGAAAUAAUCAAGUGAAAAGUGCACAAGAUGAAAACCACAUGAAGGAUGCACCAGCUGAGGCUUCUUGUGUAACUACAGUCUCCCUUCAAGUUACUGAAACAACUGACAAUGCUCUUCUAGAUGCUGUUGGGUCCUCUUCUGUGGCACAACUUCCAUUCGCAAAAGAAUUUGGAGACAAAGGAAAUGGAUAUGGCUGGGGCUCGAAAGAUAUUGGUUUGGAUCAGAACUCUAAAUAUAAGGAGAUUGAUGUUAUGGGCCAUUCUACAAGCAGUUCAAUCCCUUGUUCACCACCAGAAUUUCCUUCCCCGCCACCAGUUACUAGUCUUCCAACUGGAAGGCGUCAUCUACCUUGCUUUGGUUGGCUCGAGAGUGAUGAGGAAGAUGACCCAAAUGAUUUCGUAUUUUUUAAUGAACAAGUAGAAUCAACGCCAACACUGCGUCUCUCUGAAGAUAUCAAAAAUAGGACUAAUUCCAAUGGCAAAUCAAGUCUGGAUGGGAUGGAUACUUAG